GCCACCUAGAAUUCUUCUCUUAAAACCUGUUUGCAAAGAAGCUAUAGAUCUUGGCUUCUUUUUCAUCUUCAUCGUUUUGGAUCUAGGGUUAGAGGUUCCAACAAUUCGUAUUUCCUCUCCCUCCCUCUUUCCUUCAUUUUUAUUGCAUCUUCCCCUUCUCUGCUCACCAACACCUGAUCUAGCCAUAUAACCACCUCCAUCAACACCUGUUGUGACCGGUACCCUGCCAAUGAUUCCCUUUUCCUCUUCCUCCUUAUCCUCUCUAUCCUCCAACACUCAACCAUGUUUGUACCCACUGCUGUGAAUGCCCGUUGUCGCUGGUAACUUGCAAUUGUUGUGAUCACCUCCCUCACCAAAGCCUCUUUUUUCUCAUGUGGCUCAAGCAUUGCUAGUUGAUUUCCUCUUAGCUGAAAUUUCCCUUUUUGUAGCCUCAAUUUCCUCACGUGAUUCAAAUUUAUUGGCUUGAUUUAGAGAUAAUUUUGACUUUUUCUUCAAUUUCAAGAAUAAAUUGCUUGUUAUAUCUUGAUUUUGUUAGAGUAGAAUCUAUCAAUUUUGACAUACCAUAUCAAAAAAUGAUUGCAUGCCAUUUAUUUGGUUGGAUUUUUUUUAUUAGAUUUUGUUAUUACAAAAUUGGUAGUUUCGAUUGCUUGCUUUCUGAUUUUCUCACUUUAAAACAAUCUUGAACUAUAUGUAUACCAUCAACUAAUCAUUUAAAUCAAGUUCAUGAGUGAUACUAGUACUAUUGCCUUUUCUUUUUUGUGGCACUUGUGUAUGAAGUAUGAAAACUAAGGGAACGGCAGGUACUUCUGAGUUCUGACAAUGCUAUUAAAAAUGCUGGCUUUGAGAUUUAUGACUCAUGGAAUCAAAUGAUGUUUAAUUUCCUAAUUUCCUUCUCUCUCGAUUUGCAGGUGGUAACUAGUAUUUUUUUCUUUGUUUCAAGGUAUAUUAUAUGCAAAUUUUUUUUAUGGUAUAUUAACUCAAUUUUCAAUUAUCAUUAAAAAUUAUCAAUUUUUAAUCAAUUUCAACAAAUGGUCCCAUAACCUACACAGUGAGGUGGAGAUUGCUAGUGACUAGAAACAAAAGAAAAGUAGAAAUAUUGUGCACUAUAUGGAAAUUGGUCUUUAAUUUAUGCCUUUGAGUUCCAUUAUGUGCUAUGUCUUUCCUUUGGCAUAACCUCUAUUCUAGUAGUAAAAAGCACACAACUAAACUCUGAACAAGUCAUAAUUUAGAGAAGUGGUGCCAUGUCUCAAAUCAGCUUCUUGGUAUUGAAGGUUAGUUGUUUUGCUUGUUGAACAUAUAUUUUCCUCCAUUAUUUCUGUUAUGAAUCAUACAUCUCAUUUCAUAUUAUUAAUUUUUUUUCUCCAUUAGAGUGAACCAAAUUUUGUUGCCUAGUGGAAUAUGAAUGUUUUGGUUUGUGUCUAUACUUGCUCAUGCAAGCAUAUUUUAACUGAAAGUAGUUUCCCAUGGAUGAUCCAUAAUUUUUCACAUUUGCUAUCAUACGUCACAAUUUUUCAAAUAACUAGGUAAAGGUCUUAUCAAUCAAAUUGACUCAAAAGGAAGGAGAGUUGAUUUAAGAAAAGUUUGGAAUGAAA